AUGGCGUCGACAUCACAGACGGAGCCCUCGCCUGAGGUCCGGCAAAACAACUUCGAGCAAGGCGUAGCAAUCACCCUGCACCUGUGGCCCGCCCUGUCCCUCGCCGUUCAGAACAACUGGGGUGACGGCGACGCCUCCGACAAGCGCGACUGGCUGGCCGGCGUCAUCGUCGACAUGUUCCCCUCGUUCAUCGACCUCGCCAAGAAGCCCGCUUCGACCACAACAACGACAACAAACGCGACCGGCACAUCAUCCACAGCGGCGACAGGCCAACAGUCAUCGUCAUCCGCGGCGGCCCUGGAGGAGCCAUAUCUCGAGGACAUCGAGACAACACUGCUGCAGGUCAUGCUGGACGAGUUCGACGUCAACGUAGAUGACGACACCGGGUUCGAGACGGCCGAGACCAUCAUGCGGGCUCGCGCGCAAUGCGCCAAGGGCAACUUUGACGAGGUCAACAACCUGCGGCGGAGGUGGGAGGCCGGCAAGGGCAAGAAGGUUGUCAUGCAACAGGCCGCCGACGCGGACCAGGACACGGACUGGGAGAGCGAUGACGACGACGAGGACGGAGACAGUGACGUCGACAUGGACGAAGCCCCCGCGCUGGCUAAGGCACCAAAGGAGAAGGAGGAGCCCGAGGUCGACGAGGAUGGUUUCACAAAGGUCACUCGCAAGAAGAGGUAG